UUGAGGGAUGCGAGUGCGAGUAAAUUCAAAAAAAUUUGAAGUAGCUCGCACGCCGAAUCACACAUGACACUAACUGGCAUGAUGUGUUCACACGGUGUGAGUAGCUGUACUGCAGUAACUGACUAGACCGACUCGUAUGCUUACUCGCACCGUCUGAACCCGGCUUAAGGUGCCCAAUAGACCCGUCUUGGUUUUAGUAAGUUGGCAGACCUUAGGAUAUACUUCUAGGCGCCUUGGAUUUUACAUAUUGGCUCGUAUUGUUUACAAACAUUAUAUUAUAUAUGUAUAAUAUUUUGUAUACCACAUCAAAAUGUUUCGAUUCGCUGUAAUCGUCAAAUGCAGUGAUUUUUUGCCAUUAUAUCCCUACUAUCAUAGAGGAGUAUCAUGCGCACUGCUAAGCAUUGGGCAAUUCCAGUAUCGGUAUGGCUUUCGUACGAUGACGUCUCUCCAGAACCGUGAUGAUGACCUUACGCCAGUGAUGAAUCCUCUGGAAUUCCGUAGCGCCACUACUCUGUGGAGCAAGCAAGUGUUUUUUAAUCGUAUUACAGAUUUGUUGCACUACAACAAGGAUGAUCUGGAGCGAAUUUAUAAAAUGAACAAAAAAUCAUUAAGUGAAAUCUUCCCUCGAACGAUUACUGCUAACAUUACAUCGCUACUAAGCAAGGGUGUUACCGAAAGCUCUAUUAAAAGUUUUCCGAAGAUUCUGGCCUUCAACUCAAAUGAACUCUUUGAAAAACUAACAGUACUUGGAAACUUGAAGGAUCUCAAAGACAUCAAUCACGUAGUGCCUUUACUGAGCGUUUCGCUUGAUGUUCUCGAGAGAGUUGUGGAAAUUUCACAAUGUGAGGACAUUGAACAUGGUAACCGGAUCUAUUUCCUGAACGCCAAAACCGGUGUGGAUUGUGAAACAAUUGCCAGAUAUUUUGCGACGAACAUCCGUAUUUACAGAAUAUCUCUGGAAAAGUUUAGAUCAAACCUUGACUACUGUCUGCAGCAUCUGGAACCUCUGGAUGUCGUGAAGAAUUUGUUUGUUUUGGCAUUUGCUAGCUCCUCGUUAGAUGAACGGUUACAAAUGUUGAAGAAUACUCCUCUGCAGCAAGUAAAGCCCUGGAUGAUAGCAGUGCCAGGACUCGUUCUGAAGAGAUCCUUCGAUAAAGCUGUCAAUAAAGGUGUUGAUUUAAAAUUCGAGAAUCGUCUUACUGAGAUUUGGUAUGAUUAUCAUGUCCUCGGAAAGAUUGAAAAUGCGCUGGGCUGCAACGAAGAUGAAGCGAAAAUCGUUUACGAAGGCUGUCAAAAAACAGUAUCAUUUCUGGAAAACAUUGAGUUUUUGAAGGGAAUGAAUAUUCGAAAAGAUACUAUUGUUAGGAUUCCCGAGGUGUUAACUUUGGAACGGAAAGAUUUGGCUGAAAAACUCGCUAUUCUAACCAAAUUGAAAGGGCUGAGAGAUUUGAAUGACAUGAUUCCACUAUGCAUGCUAAAAGUUGGCGAUUUCGAACAAAUCGUUUGCACAUUGAAUAGCGAAGGGCUCGAGCAUGGCACUAACCGAAUUUAUCAUUUUGCCGAUAAAGCUGCAGCGAAUCCAACCGAUGUUGCGAUACACUUCUCUCGGAGAACGUUCAUUUUUCAUAUUCCUCAGAAAUAUUAUCUUCAAAAACUCGAUUUGUUCUUGCGGCACAUGGAUUGCAAGGACAUUUUUGGCGAUAUGUGGGUGUUCAAAUGUUCGCUGAAAACCGCUGCCAAGCGUAUAGCGAAAAUGAGACAAGAAACCCCAGAUAGGAAGAUAAUGCCGUGGAUGGUGCGCAGUCCGGAUAUACCUCUGGAAAGAACCCUUCAACUGACAAAGGAAAAUAAUGCUGCAUUAGGUGGGAACGAAUCCAUAAUGGGAUAUUUUUGUCAAAGAUUAGGCUUCGAGCGGAAAGUUGUAAAUACCAUCGUUGCCAAGUAUCCAUCAAUCCGGAACGUGAGGGUAACAAAGGCGAAACAGAUGCUUGAUUAUCUUUUGGAAGAGCUAGAUUAUACACCUCAUGAAAUAGCACUAACUCCGAAGAUUUUGAAGCACAAUUUGGAAACAAUUAGGGAGAGAAUAGAUCAAUUAAAGGAAAUGGGCUGCCGCCCUCGUUCGUUGGCCAUUGUUUGUGCAAGCAAACGACGAUAUUCGUUGUUCUUAGAAGAGUUGCUCGCGUCUAAGAACCUGAAGAAAAAGGUAUCUACAGCUGAUUGACACUAUCGAACUUCGUAGUUAGUUUGUUAUACUUAAAAUAUAUUAUGAAAACAAUAAACUAGUCUUUUUCUAAUAUCUACCAAA